AUGUUCCCAAAGCGAAUCAACGUGCCUCUCAAUCAAAGACUAGUGUCAACGACGCGCUACCCAUUCCCACUGGACACGCCUACCUUCCUAGUGUUCAACAAUGAUUUUAAUAAGAUCCUGGGAGACAAUCCCGACCUUAAGAUGGUCUACCAGGAGCAGUUCCCUUUCGCGCAUCGUGCCCCAGUCUACUUUCCGCAGAACGACUUCGUUUUCGUCGCCAGUAAUCAGUUUGUACCGGCCUGGAGAGAAGGAACAGACUCGAAAGCAGUCAUCAUCAGCAAAUUAUCACGCAAGCCCGACGGCUCCUGGGCACGACACGAAGUACAUACCGAAGUGCAGAUGGCAAGCGGAGGUAUAAAUCACGAGGAUGGGAUCCUUUUCUGCGCUCAGGGCGACCUCAAGAAUUCCGGAGGUCUUGUUCAUAUGGAGGGUGACUUUCCAUUUAGGACCAGAACUCUGCUCAACAACUACUAUGGUCGCCCAUUCAACUCCAUCAAGGACCUGGUAGUGGCGAGAGAUGGUUCGAUCUGGUUCACGGAUCCGGUUUAUGGACAUGAACAGGGUAUACGCCCUCCUCCCCAGCUUCCGAACCAGGUCUACAGAUUCGAUCCUAAGACGGGAGACGUGAGAGUCAUGGCUGACGGAUUUGGCCGCCCAAGUGGAAUCUGCUUUUCGCCGUACGAAAAGAUAUGCUACAUAUCGGACACGGACUUCAUACACGGAGAUGGGAAGAUAGACUUCACCAAGCCAGCAACCAUUUACGCGUACGAUAUUGAAGAGCGCCGCCAAUCUAAAUGGCUCACCAAUCGCCGAGUCUUUGCCAUGGCCGACGUAGGUGUACCCGAUGGCCUGAAGUGCGACAUGGCAGGAAAUGUUUAUGUCGCAUGUGCCGAUGGACUCAGCGUGUGGAAUCCGGGCGGCGUACUCCUGGGCAAAGUGAUCAUCCCUGGUGGGCUUGCCAACUUCUGCUUCGGCAGGAGGGGCGAGCUCUUUCUGCCGAAUGGAAAAAAGUUCUGGGUUGUAAAGAUUUCGACAUCGGUGAAGGGCGCCCUGUUAGAGCGUAUGGGGAUUGAGGUUGACCAGGAGAACCGGGAGGAUGAUGACGACUCUGAAGACUCCGAGUGA